AUGCAGGACUUAGGUGGCAGGCAUCCGAUUUCUCAAAUGUUAAUAUCAGAAGACCUCUCUCGUCAUAAAGCUUUUUUAUUUUCUUACGCUGGAUCAAAAACACCAAGAACGGAACGUCAUCGUAUUUAUUUGAGCAAUGAUCGUGUUUAUUAUUAUGUUGAAUAUAAACAUAACGUUUUAUUGACAAAAUUAGCUGAUCUUAAUAUCUUAUUAGUCGAACAUCCUAAACAAAAGCUGGAUAAUGGAAGUGGACCUGAAUAUGUAUAG